AUGGAAUCAGUAGAAACCACCACUCCCUCUAAUUCAGAGAUAAAAUCUGUUGAAACUAUUGUAGAGGAACAAAAAGUAAAUGAAACCAAUACAACAUUAAACGCAGAAGUUGUUGAAACACCAACAAAAACUGAAGAAAAAUCAAAAACCGAAAUAACCAAUGAAAAUAAAGAAAGAAGUAGAGGAUUAGAAGCUAAAAUUAAACCAGAAUUUGUUUUACCUUUUAAAAAAAUUGAAAAAGUUGAAGUUGAUAAAGCUGCUAAAAAAAAAGAAUUUAGAAAUCAAUUAAGAGAAUCAAUGAAUGAUAAAUUAUGUCCAAAGAUUAGUAAAGGAUUAGUAUGUGAAUUUAAUGAAACAUGUAAAUUUAGUCAUGAUGUUGAAAAAUAUUUAGCAAGUAAACCAAAAUCAAUUGGAAUUUGUCAAAACUUUCAAACCUAUGGAGAAUGUAAAUAUGGAUUAAAUUGUUACUUUGGAGAAUGUCAUAUCGUUGAUAAUAAAACCAUUGUAAACAAAGAAUUAAUUGGUAAAGUUGAACCAGUAAAAACUUUAAAUGAAGUUUCAAAUGAAAUUCAAAUUCAAUUAAAAACUAAUAAUUAUCCAUUCCCAAAGAGUGAAAUUUAUUUUAAUGAAAAUGGUAUUUCUGUUAGACAAAUUAAAGGUAGAAAUAAUAAUAAUAAUAAAAAUAAUAAUAAACAAAAUGAUAAUAAAAGAAAAGAAAAUGAAAAAGAUGAUGAUGAUGAUAAAUUAAAUAAAAAAAUUAAGUUAGAAAAUGAAAAUACUACAACAACAACUACUACUACUACUACUACAACAACUGAAACAACAGAAAAAACAGAAAAAACAGAAAAAACAGAAAAAACAGAAACAACAGAAACAAAAAAAGAAGAAUUUAAACAAAGCAAUGAAAAUACAGAAAUUGAUAUAAUGACACCAUUAAAAGCAAAUGAGAAGAAAAGAAUUAAUUUUGAAAAUCAAUUAAUUUUAGCACCAUUAACAACAGUUGGUAAUUUACCAUUUAGAAGAAUUUGUAAGAGAUUAGGUGCAGAUAUUACAAUUGGUGAGAUGGCAUUAACAACCAAAUUAUUGGAAGGUACAAAAUCAGAAUUAGCAUUAUUAAAGAGACAUCCAUGUGAAGAUAAAUUUGGUGUUCAAAUUUGUGGAUCCUAUGUUGACGCAGCUGUUAAAUGUGCAGAGUUUAUUGAGAAUGAAAUCGAUGCUGAUUUCGUUGAUAUUAAUUCAGGUUGUCCAAUUGAUUUAGUUUGUAAUAUGGGUGCAGGUGCAGCAUUAAUGGAGAGACCUAAAAAGGUUGAACAAUUGCUUAGAGGUAUUUCAAGUAGUUUGUCAUGUCCAACCACAAUUAAAAUAAGAAUUGGUAAAUCAGAGGAUGCCCCAACCGCUCAUAAAUUAAUUCCAUCACUUGGUGAAUGGGGUGCUUGUGCAGUCACUUUACAUGGUCGUAGUAGAGCACAAAGAUAUAGUCGUCUUGCAAAUUGGGAUUAUGUUAAACAAUGUUCAGAGGUUUCUUCAAUUCCUUUGAUUGGUAAUGGCGACAUUUACAACUAUCAAGAUGUUGUAAACAUUUACGAUAGUUCAAAGGUCUCCUCAAUCAUGAUUGCCAGAGGUGCACUCAUUAAACCUUGGAUUUUCACAGAAAUUAAAGAAAAGAGAGAAUGGGAUAUCUCUGCCUCUGAAAGAUUGGAUUUCAUUCGUGACUUUGCAAAUUAUGGUUUAGAUCAUUGGGGUUCCGAUAGAAUCGGUGUUGAUAAUACUAGAAAAUUCCUUUUAAAUUGGUUAUCUUUCUCUCAUCGUUAUAUUCCAGUUGGUUUAUUAGAUAAAGUUCACUAUAUGAAUGAAAGACCUCCAGCUUAUUUCGGUCGUUCAGAUUUAGAAACUUUAUUAGCUUCCACUCAAGUUAAAGAUUGGAUUAAAAUUACUGAAAUGUUUUUAGGUCCUGUAACUUCUGAUUAUAGUUUUGUACCAAAGCAUAAUUCAAAUUCUUAUGAAUCUCAAGGUUAA